GAAACCCACGACACCAGAUGGAUUAGGUUUAAAUCCUGUUAGCAUUACGCUAACACUAUACAAUACAUAGCAUGAUGACACGAAAGAUGUGGUUUUGAAAAGUAUCUUGUCAUUUCCACCGGCACGGUGGUGUAGUAACACAGAAAUUAUAUGUUAUAUACAUUAUAUAUUAAAUAUAAAUCAUUCUGUAAUGUUUGACGGUGAUGUGAACUUCACCGGAAGUUGUGGCGUCGUACUCACAGUAAAAGCAGGAAACAGUCGAGCCGGAGCCGUCUCGUAUUUUUCUAUCGACGCACUGCAAGUAGCUGCAGAUUGAGUCACUUUUGUAAAUCCCCUCCCAAGUAAAUGAAAGCAAACUUUGACUCACGAAGUAGCAGAUUCCGGCAAUGAAAAGGGCUCCAGCUGUGGGCAGUGUGUCAUUUUUAAUGACAGCACAGAAGCACAAGGAUGCACUUCAUCUAGUUCACCUCGCCUUCUCUAUUGUAUUUGAAGAUGAUGCGAUUAUUGUUCCUGUGUCUGCUGCUGCCGACCUCCAUUGUUUUUUCAGAUGGCUUUGAAGGAUCUGCAGAUGAUGGUAUGGAUGAUGAAGACCCAUUUGACGAAAAUGAGAUCACAGAGGUACAGGACAGAGGUGGUUCUGGCACAUUUGUUGAUAAAACCAAGGGUGAAGAAGACACAUCAGAUCAGUUCACUCUGAUUGUCAUCAUUGUCGCUGUGAGCAUGUUGACUCUCUCAGUUGCAGCCAUAGUUGCUGUAAUAUUAGUAAGACGCCGCAUGCACAAACAACAGCAAGGGAUUUAUUCUGUACCUACAGAGCAGGACCAGAAAGGGGCAGUCUAGUUCCUGGUAAAGAAGAGCACACAUGGAAGAAAGAGCCACACUCACCAGGUUAUAUGAUCUCAUCACGAGGAUUAGACUUCUUUAACAGCUCUGUGUAUUGCUCCUACAAAAAAAAAAAAAAUUAUCAAUCCAUAAGCAAUCCUAUUAUAUUCUACUUUGGUCUCCAUAUCUGCUGCUUGUAGCCAUCAUAGACACAAUUUUGGGACAUUUGGAACGUAUUCAAAUCUUCUAAUUGGAUUCUAUUUGAGGAAUCGAAAUCAAAAAAAAAAAAAAUGGCUUAAUGCUUCUUCUGUUUGCAGUGAUCCAAAUACUCGGCAUAAACAAGCCAAAAAAAAAUGUUUAAUUUGCUCCACGUGGAGUCGACCUAUCCGUGUGAAAUGGUCGUUGACUGAGACUAAACAUGCUAAUCCAAAGUAAGCCGGCCCAUAAGAGGUCCACACUUGAGUCUCCUGUUCUGACAUUUUCUCUUCCCGGCUCAUUACGACUCACAGGGGCUGUGGAAUCGAAGAUAAAAAAAAAAAAAAAAAAUGUCAACCCACCCAAGUUAUAUUCUCGGAUUCAGCCACUCCAAAAAAUGGUCAGAGUAAACACAAGCUUACACAACAGCAAAACAGGAUUUUUUGUUUUGGAAAGUUUUCCCUUCAAAGUGUCUCACAGGCGUGAUAGUGGUGUGAAAAUAUUGCGAAAUUUAAUUAACAAGUAAUGUAUGAUUGGGGGAAAAUACUCACAAUAGCUGGAUUCCAUCCAUACAGAGCCUGAUGUUUCCCUGCCGGCGUUUUAGCCCAAGUCGGUCUUCAUCGGCUUUCAUUUCAAGAUCCAUAUUUGUUCCAAGAUCGGAGUUGGCGGGAAAGGAAUUUUUUUUUUAAUUAUAUCAAUAAACACUGAGAAUGUACUUUAAUGGACACAUGUAAGCACUCAAUGUGAGUGUGAAUGGUUGUUUGUCUAUAUGUGCCCUGUGAUUGGCUGGCCACCAGUCCAGGGUGUACCCCGCCUCUCGCCCGAAGACAGCUGGGAUAGGCUCCAGCACAAAUUUCUGUUUAUAUGAAUUUAGAAUUGUUUGCUGUAAAACGAUAAAAACGUAUUUUGGAGAGUCAACCCUUUGUAUUGAGUUGUGGACCCCUAUAGAGCAGCUACACACAAUAACCAGCAGAGAAAACAUUCCAGAUCUUCCAGAAUCUGCACCUAUUCCAGGUAUAUUAACGCUAAGAACGUGUUUUGUAGAGUCAACCCUUUGUAUUGAGUUGUGUACUCCUAUAGAGCAGCUACACACAAUAACCAGCAGAGAAAACAUUCCAGAUCUUCCAGAAUCUGCACCUAUUCCAGUUGUAUUAAUGAUAAAAACGUGUUUUGGAGAGUCAACCCUUUGUAUUGAGUUGUGGACUCCUAUAGAGCAGCUGCACACAAUAACCAGCACAGAAAACAUUCCAGAUCUUCCAGAAUUUGCACCCAUUCCGGGUGUAUUAACGAUAAAAACAUGUUUUUGAGAAUCAACCGCGGAUGACGUUCAGUGCAGAGAACUUCCAGUUGCCAUUUUGUUAGCAAGCUAUGCUAAUAAGGACAUUUGUGACAUAUUCAGAAGACGGUUGGAGUCACUCAGCGUAUUAAUAACAACGAUUAAUAAACGGCACAUCCAUUAUAGAACGGUUAAUGAGCUGUGGACUCCUAUAGAGCAGCUACACACAAUAACCAGCACAGAAAACGUUCCAGAUCUUCCAGAAUCUGCACCUAUUCCAGCUGUAUUAACGAUAAAAACAUGUUUUUGAGAAUCAACCGCUGAUGACGUUUAAUGCAGCGAACUUUCGGUUGCCACUUUGUUAGCAAGCUAUGCUAAUAAGGACAUUUGUGAGUCACGCAGCGUAUUAAUAACGACGAUUAAUAAACGAUUAAUAAACUACACAUCCAUUAUAGAACGGUUAAUGAGCUGUGGACUCCUAUAGAGCAGCUACACACAAUAACCAGCACAGAAAACGUUCCAGAUCUUCCAGAAUCUGCACCUAUUCCAGCUGUAUUAAUGAUAAAAACAUGUUUUUGAGAGUCAACCGCUGGUGAUGCAUUUACUGUAGUAGGUCAUUUGAAGUGUAUCUAUGUCUUUAGGCUGUUGUAUGUGCUUCUACUGGCUUAUACUGUAGUCUGUGUAUCAAAUAUAUGCAAAAUAUAAGAAUGAUAAAAACAAAAUAGUAUAAGCCAGAACCUUUCAAAAGUUUGGAGAUGGCUUCUCAUGCUCCCGAAUGGGAAAGCGCAUCGCAAACUUUUGACUGAAGUUUGUCAACAUUUCAACGAACGGAUUGCAACACAAACCAUUUCACUUUUUAUAUCCUCACAUGCGCAUAAUGAUUUUGUAUUUAAUAUUUCCGCUGGACAAACAAGUAACCACAAUGCAACAUUUAAAUGCAGCAUCAGCAACGACAAGGUGUCAAAUCACAAAGCGCCCAUUAUUCUGCAUGUAGGAGCUUUAACUGUUAAAUUUGUACAAAUUUACAUUGCAAUAUAUUUGCAGGAUGGCCUUUUUUUGUUUUUUUUUUAAGAAAAAAAAUGUAUAUACACUGUAUUUGCUUGUGUUUAUACUGUUCCCUUAGUGGUUGUCAGUUAUUUACCGAAAUGACUGUAAAUGUUUAUAUGUACUUGUCUAUCAUAAUAAUGUGUAGUAGUACAAGCAGAUGACCACUCACAUAAUAAAAAAUAUAUAUAUAAUAAUAUUUCAUAGCAGAUUUGGAAUCAAUUGGACAACUACUGUAUAGAAUUUAUUGUGCCAUUAAAUCUGUUUGGAAAAUGUA